AACGUUUGACAGUUUGGAAUUUCAUUGGUGCCAUUGGGUUUACGCUUUGUGGCGCCCUUGGAUACGCUGCGCAAGUCAGCACCAAGGCUGCAUAUCAGAGUUCCCUUUCCACAUUCUGGGGUGGAUGGGCUUUUCUCAUUGGCAGCAUCUUGCAGUGGUACGAAAGCGUCAAUAGUGUAUAAUCAUAAAGUACAACUUGCCGCCUUCCAUUUGAAAUGAAAUUGGGAACGAAGCUGGCCGAGGCGGUCCCUGCCCCUAUCUUAAUGUUCCCAGAUCAAUCCAACCCUUGAUAAAAUAAAAAGCACACGUCGAUUUAGCACCGAAUUUCUUUCCUCAACUCACGUCUUUGCAGGUCUUUUUUGAUACCCAGAAGAUGGUUUUCACUCCAGACGCUACCUUGAUUAUACGUUCAAAAGAGUAUGGCGAUGGGUCGGAGUACGAUAUCGGCUCUACUUCGUCAAUGAUUCCUGAUCACUACGUGAAACGAAUUUGGAGAAAGCCAGGACUUCUUGCUGGUAAUGGUACAAGAACGGUCCAAUACAUCAACAAAAGUCUUGAUUCCAGUGAUCGUUCUAUCGCAUACUCGGCGACUGAGACGAAAGAAUUGCUGGUGUUUCGAGUCGGGGGAUACAAAAAUUCAGGAGAGCCGUUUGCCAAAGUUCAAUGGGUCCCAGGCAGUGGAAAACCAACGGACAAGAGCAUUGUCACCCUCGGCAAUAAAACUGGAGUUCUUAAGGAUAUUUUGAAGAAGAGCAAUACGCUAUCAACCAGCAGAAUGUUUGUAGGACCUGACGGCGUGGAAUACAAAUGGAAGAUCAUCUGGGUUGGCAAUGAUCCAGCAUUUCCAGAAGCGACGUUCCGUACGCUCUAUGCUCGACAUUCAAAGCAUCCAAUAGCAACAACUGCACGUCUCACGUCUAGAGAUGGCUUACCGCAGGACGAAUCAUACCCUAUAUACAUUGCCGAGCAAGGUUUGAACAUGCAACACUACAUAGUCGCUACAUUGGCGGUCCUGGAAUCUUUUUCGCCUUCUGCAUGACCACCUCAAGCGUAUUACAGAGAUUCCUCCCCUCCACUGCUUUGAGCCAGUAAACUGUUUUCAGAGGCGACGAUAGUACAUCAUUACCUCCUUUCUCUCGUAAGGAUUUAACCUCAUUUCAUUCCUUGUCAUUCUUCGGAUUAUUAGUUAUAUCUUAAUUUUAAUACUGUUUACUGUGGAU